UAUCGGGUUUUGUUUUUUUAAAACGAAAACAUAAAAGACGCACGAAAAAACAGCAAAUAACAAGGGACGGUGGAGAGGGCGAAGGAGGAUGAAAAAGUCGAGCCAUUGGACGGCGAAGCGGCAGCAGCAACAGCAGCAGCAGCCCUCAGAGCCGAGGAGGAAACGGCAGGCGUUCGUGGAGGAGCUGCGGCAGUUUCACCAGCAUCGAGGAUCGCCUUUCCACAGGCUGCCGGUGGUGGCCGGCCGGGAGCUGGACUUGCUCGCUCUCUACACCAGGGUGACCGGUCUGGGCGGCUUCGCCAAGGUAACCGACAAGAACAAAUGGCCACAAAUGACCGAAGAGUUCAACUUUCCCAAGGGUUGCCCCAAUGCAGAGUUUGCCUUAAAACAGUAUUACCUACGUUACCUUGAAGUCUAUGAAAAGGUACAUCAUUUUGGGGAGGAUGAUGAUGAACCUGGUCCAGGUUUACGGGUCCCAGUUCCUGUUGGUGGCGUACCUUCAUCAUACAAUUACCAGCAACACUUUUUGUCAGAAUAUAUUCGGCAAAGCUAUGGACUUCAUACAGACUUUGUCACACUUAGUGACUAUGAUAAACUGGUGCUUUCUCUUACGUCUGGACUCCCAAAUGAAGUGGAUUUUGCAAUUAAUGUUUGCACUCUCCUCUCAAAUGAGAGUAAGCAUGUCCUGCAACUUGAAAAAGAUCCCAGAAUCAUCACGAUACUACUUGCUCAUGCUGGCGUGUUUGAUGAUACUUUGGGAACGCUUUCUUCUGUAUUUGGAACAGAAUGGAAAGAAAAAACAGGCAGGGAUUUUAUGAAGUUCUGGAGAGACAAUGUAGAAGAUAAUGAAAUACGAGAGCUCCUUAUUGAUAGGACCAAUGGAUCACAAGGUACAAGUAUGAAAAUUGAGUGGGAGCCCGCUUUAUUUCACCGAUCUCGUACGCUGGGCAUCAAUGAUGUUGAAGGUCAGCGAGUGCUUCAGAUAGCGGUAAUCCUUCGCAAUCUGUCUUGCGAGGAAAGAAACGUGAAGUUACUGGCAGCUCACCGCACAUGUCUCCGUUUCUUAUUGCUGUGUUCCCAUUGUCAAUAUGCCUCUCUGAAGCAACUGGGACUGGACACUUUGGGAAAUGUAGCUGCAGAGCUUCAGUUAGAUCCUAUUGAUUUUAAAAGCACUCACCUAAUAUUUCACACUAUAACAAAGUGUCUACUUUGCCAGGACAAGUGUUUGAAGAUGAAAGGUAUGGAGAUCCUCGGAAACUUGUGUAAAGUCGAAGAUAACGCAGACUUGAUAUGUGAAUUUGUUGAUCAAGAGUCCUACAGGGAGACAAUAUGCCAUCUAAGUUUACCUGAUAUGCUGCUGGUAAUCUCUACAUUAGAGAUGCUAUACAUGCUGACAGAACUAGGUGAAAUACCUUGCACAAAGAUAGUUAAUGUGGAAAAAAGUUUAGAUACACUAGUGUGUCUUGUUUCAGUGGAUAUCCAGUCAUUUGGUUCUGACACAAUUACAACAGUGAAAUUAAUUGAAUAUCAAACUUCAAACCACCAAUUAGUCACGGAUGUCAGACCCCAGGCGAUGGAGCAUGCUCACCAAGCGCAGACCCAAGUCACACCAGUUCCAGGUAUGUUUAUGGCAAAUAGAGUUGGUCCUGUGAUGGUAACGACCCCGAGUAUAGAAGCUGACAGUGAAAAGUUUGGUUGCCAGUGGUUAAAUUCACAUUUGGAGACCACUUUAGAUGGCUCAAUGUCACGUGUGGAUCUAUACUCUGAAUACCUUUCUGUAUGCAGUAAAUCGUCACAUAGUGGGAUAUUAACAUCAGCAGGAUUUAACAAAUGUCUCAGGACUGUAUUUCCAACCCAUACAAUAAAGCGAGUGGAAGAUCCUAAUAAUAAUGGGCAAGCACAGAUACAUAUAGUAGGGAUCCAAAGAAGGGCUACACCACUUUCCAUGCAGAUGCACUACCAGCUGUCACAGAAUCUUCACUCCGCUACUCCAGAGAUAGCUCUCAGUCCACCUCCUUCAGUGCCGACCGUGAUAAACCACUUUCAAAGGAUGCCGAUUGCUAGCGUUUCCACAGGCCAGCCAGGAACUCCAACCGUCUACACACUUCAGCAAAAUGUUCCAAUUCAGAACAUUAUCAGGGUGACACAAGACCAAACUGGCGUGCUGCAACCCCAUCAAAACACUGCAGUGACAUUUAGCAGAGCUCUAGUCAGUGGAGAUGUGAUGAAGGGUACAGUUUUCCAAUCUCCACAUUUCAACUCUCAUUCUGCAGUUGCUGUUGCAUGUUCCAGCAUUCCACAAGGGGUAGUGAUUCAAAACCAUACAACUACAGCACCAUCAUCUUCAGUUACAGUGACUGCUUCCCAGCAAGCCCUUCACCAUCAAGUCUUUCAACAGCAGCUUUCCAGUCCUGAGCCCUCAGUACAAACUGUAUCUUCUAACCAGGUCAAUGUGUGCACCUCUGUAUCAACAGGUGUUACUGUAAUUCACCAGGCUAUGCCUCACAGUCAAGUAACAACUAGCAGAAUUCAAAGUAUACCAGCCAAUACUGUGACUUUUUCCCAAGGAGGUUUAUUAUCAGGUCCAACAUCUCAACCUGUGCAGACGUCACUUCACCAGCCAAUAAUGAAUAACCAGCAAGACACCAUUCUCUUCACACCACAGCAUUCUUCCUCAACGUCUAGCUCUGCUGUUGCAACUGGCACUGCAGUGCAAAACUUCCAAGUCUCAGCAGGUCAGCUAGUUACAAUUGCUGGUGUUCAGAGUCCUCCAGGUCCGAGGAUGAGUUACCAAAAUAUAGCACCAAAACCAGCGGGAAUGCCUCAUCAACAAGUCCAGUCUACCAUAGUACAACAACCCCAGCAAAGUGUUCAUGUCAUUGUUAGCCAGCCAGCUCAGCAGGGGCAAGGUUUUGCCCCUGCGAUUCAUCAGAUAUUGUUAGCAAACCCUACUGCUAUUCAGGCUGGUCAAACUAUUCAUUUGACUGGACAGGCAAAUGUUACCCCAUCUUCUUCACCAUCCCCAGUACCUGUCAAUAGUGCCCAGGUGCAACUAGGUAUGGUGGCUCAAUCUUCCGCGCCACAAAUACAGGGGCCUAAAACUGUGAGUAUGAUGCUUUCUGUAAAACGACAGCAACAGCAACAUCGCCCUCAACAGCAGCUUCAGGUGCAGCUUCAAACACAGCAUGCAGUUGCUGGAUCCAAUCAGCCUCCCCCUAGUGAGUCCAGUUUAAUAAAACAAUUGCUGCUUCCAAAACGAGGUCCUCCGACUCCAGGCGGCAAGUUGAUAUUGCCUGCCCCUCAGAUGCCGCCACCCUCUAAUACCAGAGCUCCUAGUCCUCAGAUAGUUUACCAAGUGACUCACAAUCCAGCAACAAAUUUUGGAGUUCAAGGCCAACCACAGCAAAUGAUAGUUGGCCAGCAAAACGUGCAACUUGUCCAAGCUUCUAUUCACUCACCGGGUUCUGUACAGGCUGUACCCAUUCCUCAUAUGCAGAUUUUACCAGGCCAGUUGAUCUCGACCAGUAACGCUUCUCUUCUCCAGGGAACAACUGGCAACCAAGUAACUAUUACAGUUGUGCCAAAUACCACCUUUGCCACUGCAACAGGGACUCAUGGUAAUGGAGCUCAGAUCAUUGCCCCUGCAGCGAUUGCUGUUAGUGGAUCACAAACAGGAGUUGGCCUACAAGUGCAAACCCCACCAUCUAUCUUGGCAACACAGCCUGGACUGGUGCAAAGCCCAGAACCUGUCACCACAUUUACAGGUGAUAAAAUUAUUUGUCAAAAGGAGGAAGAGGCAAAGGAUGCAACAGGGUUACAUGUACACGAACGGAAAAUUGAAAUUAUGGAGAAUCCUUGCUGUGCAGAAGGAACUUCUGGUGCCACCAAUGGUGAUUCAAAGGAAAGUAAAGUGCAGGCAACAACGCUUUUAAAUGGAAACAAAUAUGACAAUUCAUGUGUACCUCCACCUACCUCAGGGAUUACUCAGUCUGAGCCCAUUCAGUGUACACUGGCCUCAAAUGGACCAUUAACAGGAGUAUGUCAAAAUGUAAUCAAUGGGAAGCUGAAUAUAGAGCAUACAGGGAUGCAGGAAUCAAAAAAGGAUAUUUUGAAGAUACACAUGAUUAAUGGGAUCUGUGAUUUUGAUAAAGGAGAUGGUUCACACUUAAGCAGAAACAUUCCAAAUCCUAAGGCUUCCAACCAUGUGGAAAAUGGUGAAAUACUUGCACAGGAACAAUGCAGCAAAAUAGACUCCAAACAGCAAAGUACUGCCAAAAGUGGUCAGUUGGCCAAAAUGCCUCAUGGAUCUGUUUCAAUAGGAAAUUCUAGUACUACAUGUGCAGUGGUUUCAAGCUCUGUUGACCAUCAUAAGAGUCCAACAAACUCAGGACAAUCCAAUGGACCAAUAACAGCUAGCAUAAAUUCAGUUGUGCCUCAACAAUGUUCAAGUGUAGAUGUAUCUGUGCAAUCUUCAAUUUCUAGUAACUCUCCGCAGUUGCAUUACUCUACUGUUCCGCAUCAAUCUGGGCAUGUAUCUCUUCAUUCGGUACAGCUUUCUCAGACACCAACAACUAAUGGUUCAGUGGAUUGUCAACCAUUAAAAAGGUCAGCUGAGGGUAAUGAUAAUAUAUCAGGAAUUCCAAAUAAAGUAGGAGUAAGGAUUGUUACCGUCAGUGACCCUAACAAAGCUGGCUGCAGUUCAACAAUGAUGGCUGUGCCAGCAGGAGCUGAUGCAAGCACUGUAGCCAAAGUAGCAAUGGAAACUAUAACACCGCAAAAACAGCAUCCUCCUGUUCUUCCACAGGGCAUAGUUAAUCAGUCUAGUCCUUUAUCAACAUCACCAGCAGUGGGCCCGCAGAUCAGCUCUCAACCUCAACACCCAGUUCCAUCAACUCAUCAUGAAGCGCCACCAAGAAAAGCAGGGCAGAACUUCAUGUGCUUGUGGCAAGCCUGCAAAAGAUGGUUUGAUUCUCCAUCUCAGGUGUACUAUCAUGCAGCAACUGAGCAUGGAGGGAAAGAUAUCUACCCAGGGGUAUGUAUGUGGGAGGGCUGUGAACAAUUCCCACGACAGAGGCUCUCCUUCAUCACUCACCUGCAGGAUAAGCACUGCACACGAGAAACUCUCCUAGCAGCACUGAAGCAGCUUGAAGACCAAGCACAAACUGGAAACCAGCAAACUUCUAAUAAACACACAGCUGCCAUAUCCACUCCUAAAUUGCCGAAGAGUAUUGUGAGUCAAGCAGGUGCAGCGCUAGUGGCAUUGCGGAGAGGAUCACGAAACCUUGCAUUUAGAGAUUAUGUGGAUGAAAAGGAGGGGCCAAUAACAAAACACAUUCGACUGACAGCUGCCUUAAUUUUAAAAAAUGUUGCUAAAUAUUCAGAUCGUGGUCGCAGGUUAUUGAAAAGGCACGAAAGCCAUUUGUCUCUACUAGCUUUUAGCAACAUGGAGGCUUCCAGCACAAUUGCCAAAUGCCUUUUUGAGCUUGUUCAUCCAGACCUAUGGCAACAACCAGAUAAUACAUUGUGAAAUGAUGCAUUGAGAUCUCAUGUUCAUGUGGCCAGUGUAAACUAUUCUAUCUUAGGAUGUGCACCAUUUCUGAGAAAAAAAAGCAACAAGUCUUAAUGAGAAAAGAACAUUGUGAAUGAAGUUUUUCUCUUUUUCUUGAUGCAUAAAAGAAACUUUGCAUUGUGAUCACAAGCUGAACCCCACUGUUGACCAGCUUUUAAUAGACCCAACUGUGUGAUCAGAUUUUUUUAAAUAGAAAGUUUGAAAUAUUAAAUAUUGAGACCACACGGUUAGAAUAAAAGCAUUAAAUAUUUUUACCCUGUACCCCAUAUGAGCACAUUUUUAUAUUUCAGAAUUAGUGACAGAUAGGUUUAAUAAAACAAAAAACAAUUGAUACUAGCUGUAAAACCUCCCAUUUGAGGCAGCAAUUUACUUCUAGUGAUGAUGUACUUUUUUGUUUAGAGAUCAAUAGCUUGUUUUUCAUAUUUGAGCCAAUAUAUUUUCACUUAUUUAUUAUCAUAAAUUUACCAGUAUGAUCUAUCAACUGUUGUAUAUAUUUGUGAAUAAAAUAAACCAACUUUCAUACCACUGCAAUCACUGGAAACCCAACUUGUGGUGUCAUAUGAGCAUUAUUGUUAGGAUCCAGGACUUUUUUGUUUCUAGUAUUUCCUGUCAAUUGUAAGUAAUUGUGAUAUAUUCUCUGCAGUGGAUGAAUGUUCUUUAAGUCUCUGUAAAUAAUUCUGCAAAGGUACUGAUGCUGUAAAGUCAAAAACAGUUUUGUUGAACUGAUUUUUUUUGUAUAAUACACCUUGUAGAACUCAUUUGCUGGUUGAAAGAGUAUGGAAUAAUAUAUCUCAUGUCAUUUUGUAGAAGAAAACUGUUGAAGGUUAUUUUGGUUUACUCUAACUCGGAUCCACUGAAAGACAUCACUUAGUACAAGCUUGUACAGGAUUUUUUUUUGUAUUUGUAAAUUGGUUUAAAUACAAGGACUUUUAUACAGUUUUUUCCCAGUUAUAUUUACAUUAGGUGCAGGUAUGGUAUUUUCACUACUCAUUACUUGUGUUUUCAAUGCAAUUAUAGUGCAGUAUUUUAGUGUUUGUUCUUCCGUUCUUUAUCCCAUGCCACAUUCCUGUUCAGAACCAGUCAUGUCUCCAGGUUGUUUCCUGAACGGUGUGUUAUGUGAUCUUCCAUUACUGCGUAUUCCUGCUGUGUUGACAUUCAAAGGAGAACUCUCUCCUUUUCCAUUUCCUUCUGUCUGUAGAAUGUGCAGUAAAAACAUACAACAGUUUUACAUUAGAAUAACUUUAAUUACUUUGGUGACUGUUUAUAGUUUUAAAUAAAUAAAAGACUGGA